AGCCUUCAAACCCGCGGGGAAGCAACUUUGCAACGGACCAACAUGGCGGCGUCCAGUGAGGAGCAGGCGUUUGCUUCAGGGGUUGAAAAAAACUGGGGUACAGUAGUCCGUUCCCCAGAGGGGACCCCUCAGAAAGUCCGGCAGCUGAUAGAUGAGGGGAUUGCCCCAGAAGAGGGAAGCGCAGAAGCGAGGGAUACAUCUGCCACAUUCCAGUCAGUUAAUGGAUCACCCCAAGCAGAACAACUUCCAUUGGAAUCUACAAGCAAAGAAGCCUUCUUUAGCAGAGUAGAAACAUUUUCUAUAUCCUUUUUCAGUACAUGUAAGUUGUGCUUUCUACCUGUUCCUGAAAUUUUUAUUCCUUCAGGCCAUUACAUCACUUACUCUGAUAUUUUAACUUGGUACCUGGAACUCAACUUACACAAAGUUGAACUCUUCUCAUAUAUCCAAAGCUUUGCCCAGCUCAUGCUAGAGUUCAAGCCUAGGGUCUCACUCAUGCUAGAUCGAUUUGGGAUGUUACCAUUAGAUGAGCCUGCUGUUCUUAUUAGUGAAUUCCUAGAUCGUUUUCAAAACCUUUGUCACUUGGACCUCCAGCUUCCUUCCCUGAGGCCAGAGGACUUGAAAACUAUGUGCUUGACAGAAGACAAGAUCAGUCUUCUGUUACACCUGCUUGAAGAUGAACUUGAUCACCGAACUGAAGAGAGAAAAACUCCAAGCAAGUUAGGCUCCGACAUCCAAGUCCACAUCACUGCUUGUGUUCUCUCUCUGUGUGGCUGGGCAUGUAGUUCUGCUUUGGAACCCAUGCAGCUCUCCCUGAUAACAUGUUCACAGUGUAUGAGGAAGGUGGGGCUCUGGGGCUUCCAGCAGAUCGAAUCAUCCAUGACUGACCUGGAUACAUCCUUUGGCCUGACCAACUCUCCAGUCCCAGGCCCUGAAGGUCGUCCAGAGCGCUUCCCUCUGGUGCCUGAAUCGCCUCGGAGGAUGAUGACCAGGAGCCAGGAUGCCACAUUUUCCCCAGGCUCAGAGCAGGUUGAAAAGAGCCCUAGUCCCAUUGUCUCCCAAACCCGGAGCUGGGAUUCUUCUAGUCCUGUUGAUCGGCCUGAGCCGGAGGCAGCCAGCCCCACCACCAGAACCCAGCCAGUGACUCGAAGCAUGGGAACAGGAGACUCUGCUGGCCUGGAAGUACCCUCCAGUCCCCUCCGGAAAGCCAAACGAGCUCGCCUCUGCUCUUCCAGUAGCUCAGACACAUCUUCCCGGAGCUUCUUUGAUCCCACCUCUCAGCACAGAGACUGGUGCCCUUGGGUGAAUAUCACACUAGGCAAAGAAUCUAGGGAGAAUGAUGGAACAGAGCUUGAUGCCAGCACCCCAGCAGAGCCGGGCUGGAAGACAGUGCUGACCAUCCUGUUGGCCCACAAACAGUCUAAUCAGCCAGCUGAAACAGACUCCAUGAAUCUCUCUGAAAAAUCAAGAAAAGUAUUCCGAAUAUUCCGACAGUGGGAAUCUUUAUGCUCAUCCUGAAGCUACUCUACCCUGUUCCUGGAGAAAACUGAAAUGAGAGUGACUUUUUGAAAAAUAAAACCUGAAUUUUCUUUGGGUCAGCUGAUACUGUUUUUCUCCAUUCUGGUUUAAUCAUAAAGAGCCCCUGCCAUUGCAGAGGUAGUGAGCGUCAACAAUCUGCAUGUUUAACAGGAGACCCAUUUCCCUGUGGGGAUGUGGACAGGAUGAGCAAACCCAGUUCUAUUAAAGGACUGUGAGGCUACAAAACUAGAUGGAAGACCCAGGAACAUGCAUUUCAGCAGCUUUAGUGUGGGCAGUGUUUCAAGGACUGUAUAUCCCAGGAUUUGACAGUGUGUGUUAUUAAAGUAUUUGCCAAGAUG